AUGUUAAGGAACUCUCAUUCUGCCACAGACGGUCCAUACAGUCUGAUGGAGCCGGUGGUGGGAGAGCUGCAGGGGCUCAACAUAGGCAGCUCCAACCUGCUGGCCCUUCCAGAGCCUUGCCCCUGGGAUAGCGACGAUGAAGAACUGGGCACUGGGGGCAUCAAACCCAAAUCAUCACCUAUUCCAAGGAGCCGAAGCUCAUCGUUCUCUUCCGAUGAUGAUGGUGAUUCCCAGCCUCCACCUUCCAGCUCUCGGAGAGUAUCUUUUGCAGAUGCUUUUGGUUUAAAUUUGGUCUCUGUAAAGAAGUUUGACAUCUGGUCCAUGUGUGAUCUGGUAGACCCAUUGGAGGUUGAUCUUAAGGUUGGGAAGGAGUACUUUUUGAAACUUCUCUUUGCUCUUCCACUGACACUGGAGGAACUGAUCUACAGGGUCAACGAGCAGAAGGUGGUUCUGGAGAGUCUGGAGCUUCUCCCUGGCACAACCACUUUGAAAGGGACUGUUCGUGUUAUGAACUUGUGUUUUGACAAGCUGGUCUACAUCCGUACUUCUUUGGACUGUUGGAGCAGCCAUUUUGACCUGCUGGCAGAGUACGUGCCUGAGUCAAGCGACGGGGUUACGGACUGUUUCUCUUUCAAGCUAACGCUGGUGCCUCCUUUUGGGGAGCAAGGAGCCAGAGUUGACUUUUGCAUUCGAUAUGAAACACCUUCUGGAGUUUUCUGGACUAACAACCAUGGGCAGAACUUUGUUUUGUUUUGUCGUGAAAAAGCCAAAGAGCAAGACGAAAAUGACAAACUUAAACCAAAAAGCUGUCUGAAAACAAGCAGGCAUUCCUCUAUAAGCAGCACUACCUCAAAUACAGAGGAAGUUCCAGAAAUAAUCCUUAAUUGUGGAAUACUUGCCCUCACUGAACCUGUGGCUGUCAAAGAAGAAAAAAUACAGAAGGAACACAUAAAACUGAAGGAGGAAAACAGCGGACUCUGUAAGAAGAGAAGCAAAAGAAAAGCCGCACGGAUGGCAAAAGUACAGCAGCACUUUGCCCAAAGAGAUGACAAUGAAUUCCAACAGACUGACAAAGACGCUGAUGAAGUGGAUAUCUCUGUUCCAGCAAUAGAUGAGGCACCUUUAAACCUGUCAACGCCACAAACUAAUGUCACCUCUUUGCCGGCUGAGCCUGAAGAACAGGAUUCUACUGAAGGUUCCAUGGAUGUUCAUAGAAACCAGCUUCAUGCUACACAAACUCAAACACAGGAAAAGGACAAAAUUCCAGUAACAAACCCUGAGCUAAUCAUUUCCAAAUCCCACACAGGGCGACCCCCCUUGGACUCCGUAAACACUCAUAAUUCUGAGUUAGACUCACAGCUGUUAGAGAGCAGCCAAGAUAAAGAGACAGAUGCCAGCCAAAGUGUUUUACUUAAGUACCAUACUUUAAACAAGUCUAAUGAUAAGAGUAUUGAAAAGGCAUGGGAAUGCUUUGAAAGGAUGGGGUGCACUGCAGACAUAAACAGCAGUGUAGUCAAAACAAAUCAUGUGGACAACACACUUUUAAAGGAUAACCAAGGCUUGGAAUCGUUCGGUCAUCAGUACACGUUUGAGACAAUAGUGGCUCCACUUUACCAUCAAGUCUUUGAAAGAAUGGAAAAUGACAGAAGAGGCGUUAAGAACAGCACAUCCAAAGCUGACAAGUCAGUUGGGAACCUAGGCCAUGGAAGUCUGAGAGCGGUCACGUACACAAGUGUAGAGACAAGGUCAAAUUCAGAAAUACCAGUUAAAUCAAAAACACAUGUGAACAAUUGUCCUGAUUAUCAUGCGGACUGUCCAGAAUCCUUAAAUAACACAAGGUGCACUACUGAAAAUGAUUUAUCUUUUCCCAGUGUGAAAACAAAACUUGGUGCAGAGAUUGAUUUUCAGGACAGCACUUUACCAGAUAUCAAUGAUCUGGUGGAUCAUGACAGUUCAGGAUCAAAAAUAGCACAACCUAUAGAGAAACAACAUUCAUUAGAACACCUGCCCUCAGUUUCCAGAGAAGAAUCUACAACUGAUCAGACAGAAAUAGUUUUGGUAAAAAACGAAUGUUUGGACGAUUCAGAAUAUUCACAAGAAAACAAACGCUAUAGUGAAGAUUCAUUAAACACCUUACAUCAGGAGCUGAUAUGUAGAGACACUGCAAUCUUACCCACACAGUCAGAAGAAGGCCCAAUACCUGCCAAGCCCUCAUCAGCUAUAAUUAUUGAAAAUACACACUCUGAGAGUAGAUCAGUCACCCAGAGAUCUUUAGAAACUCAAAUUAGUAAAAUGCAGAACCAGGAAGACCAAACAUCAGAGCAAACCUUGAAUACUCACAUCAAGUGCCUGGAGGAAAGCGGUCCUCCCAUGCCUAACUCUGCUCUGUUCCAUUCUGACAUUUUAUCAAAUGUCACACCUAAAAUUAUCCAAAGUGACGCUUCGUCUCCCUCUCAGGAUCUGACACAAGUGAGCAUCAAACCCCAAACUGAAGCCACCAUUUUCUUUAGUAAAAACCUAGGGACGAUGGUUCCCGAAUUUCAAACUAUGAAGGACGCAAAUCUGAUAAACAGUCAUAGUUCUCAUCAUGUUGGAUUUGAAACAGAAUCAAAUCCAAGUGACAAACAUGAUGGUGGUGAGAGGGAAAAAAUGGGAAAAGACACUGAAACUAUUCAGACAGAAAUCGGCUCAGAAGAUGUAGCUGUAGAUGGGAUCUCACCAAACCGUAUAGAUGCCAGCCAAAUCAAUAAAAAUAAAGAACAUGUUAUUUUACGUUUAAAUUGUGCUGUUGAUUUUGAUGAACUCUUAGAUAAAGAUAUGGCUAUGUUUAAUAUUAGUAUCAAUCCUGACAAUCCUGAAGCUGUCUCACGAAAAGAGGAAGACGAAAAAGAGGUUCAAGAAAAUAUCCAAGUAAACAAUCCUGCUACAAAUGAAGAACAGCAAUUUACAGAAAUGACAGAAAAGCAAUCAGAGGAAGUAAAAGAUAUAAGAGAAGUAAAGGAACAAUUAGAGAAGAAAGAAGAACAGCAAGAAGACAAACAAGCAGAUCACGUAGAAAAAGAAGAACAAGAAAAUGAUGAAAAAGUAGAAUUAAGUCACGAUGACAAAUGUAAUUGUGAGUCAGACUACGCAGAGGAUGACAAAGCAGAGGAAAAGAAGAAUGAAAAGGAAAAAGACGGAGAGCCAAAAAGGAAUGCACAGGAAGGGGAGGAUAACCAAGAUCUUGAAGCAGAAAUGGAGGAGCGGGAGGCGGUCAGUGCAGUCACAUCAGUGGCUGAGGUACAAAGCAUCCCUAACAUAAACUCUUUUAUUAGAGAUGUUCAUCUACAUGAUGGACAGAACCAGCAAAACUCAGGUUUGGAACAUACAUCUGUGCAACCAGUAGACGAAAGCCACUUCAAUGGUGAAGAAGAAAUUUUCAGUGGAAUCAAUUCAUCUCAGCAAGCUCUGACACCAAAUAGUGAUGAAACAUUCAGUGACGGAGAUAAUGAGGCAGAAAACAGCUUGAAAUUUGCUGAAGGAGUGGAAGAGGUGAGCUGCCAAAUAGACAGAAAACAUGUGGCAGAAGUUGGUCUUUGCGAAGUUGACACUUUAGAAAAACAGACUGAGAACAUGGAUGACAACACCUCGACAGAAUCUGUAAGCGAUGAUGAAAUGGAGCUAUGUGUCCUCAGACUGAAGAACACACAGCAUACAACAUGA